AAAACUGUAACCAAGGAUAACUUGGGCCAAAUUAGUAAAUAGGGCCGAAGUUCAUAACUCGUAAGUGAAAGAAGACAAGCGAAUUUGGUUGUGUGCCACUUGAGUUAUAGGGUUUCACGUGUCGUCUUCAGGCUCUGAUAGUUUGGUUGUGAGGAGUCGUCUUCAAUAUGGGAAAUGAGAAGUUCACUUGGGUGAUUAACAAUUUCUCAUCUUUGCAAUCUAAGUCAUUUUUAUCUGAUAAGUUCGUGAUCGGUGGCUGCAAAUGGUAUCUUGUGGCGUAUCCCAAUGGCAAACAUAAGAAUAAUUAUUUGUCUCUAUAUUUGGUGGUUGCUACUUUUAAAACUUUGCCUUGUGGAUGGAGUAGACACAUAAAAUGUUGCUUAACUGUUGAAAAUCAACUCUCCGACAACCUCUCACAACAGCGAGAAGAAACACAGUGCUGGUUACAUCGAAAGAGAUUUUACCAAGGGUAUCCAGAAAUGAUUUCCCUUAGAAAACUUAAUGCCAAAGAAGGUGGAUUUGUUGUGAACAAUGAAGUCAAGAUUAUUGUGGAGGUUGACGUUCUUCAAGUUAUUGGCAAAUUAGAUGUUUCUGAGGGAUCUCAAGAGGUUACUCAACCUUUGAAAAUGAUGAGGCUAAAUGAUGAUGGUGCAGCGUCUAGUCAUUUGCAAACCAUGGAUGUCAAUGGGUUUCAAGUUCUUCCUUCACAGGUGGAAUCUGUGAAACGUAUAUUCGAAAGACACCCAGACAUGGCGUUAGAGUUCCGAGCAAAGAACAAACAUAUGAGGACAUUAUCCAUCAACCUCCUCCUCAACAUAAUCGAGACUUUGUGCCAGUCAUUGCAAGACUUUUCCAUUGAUGACCUUUGCCAAGCAGAGAAAGCACUAAGAUACCUGAAAGAUUCGGACUUUAAGGUGGAUUGGUUAGAGCAUAAACUGGAGGAAGUAAAGGAAAAGAAGAUGGAAGAGCAGAUUGGUAAGACUCGGAUGCAAGAACUAGAGGAAGACCUGAAGGUCUUCAAGCAGAAUUGCUCUGACAUAGAAGCUCAACUGGAGAAAGAGAAGCAAAAGUGCUCAGACAUAGAAGCUUUGCUGGAGAAAGAGAAGACAAAGGUAUUGGCCGCUGCCAAAGCUCCUCCUCUAACGUUGGAUGAUGUUGUCUGUGGCUUGGUUUCUGUAGUGGUAGGUGCUACGUUCGUUUGAAAUCCAGGUUUCAAAAUUAAGAGUCCUAACACAGGAAGCUAGAGAGGGAAGCUCCUAUAUUUUGUAAAGAGCUAAUCUUUUUGUUGAGAGGACUCGGUAGGACUAGGAUUAUGUUAGUUGUCUCAUUCAUGACUAUGUAAUCAGAUUAUCAUCGGCAAAGGUUAAAACUACUAUGAGUUGUUUUCAGUGUUAAGUUAUAAUCUUAGUUUAUUAAGCAAAAUCAAAAGCUUAACUUUGGUCUUAAACCAAGUUUAUUUUUAUGAGUGUACAGAAAACAACAAUCAUUGUAGCUUUUGGAAGCUG